GAGAGUGCGUCUCCAAGGCAACGGGACACUAACGACACUUGCUAACAGUUAACAAGCUAAUAUGUCGGAGUCGGGGAUAGAGAAAGGAAAGCGGUCACUCAGACGAGUAUUUAUCAACAACACAGACUCAUACUCAUCCAAAUAUAUUGCCAAGUUUUUGUCCGAAUGUGUUGUCGGAGCACCUGUUGAUCCUGAUGGAGAGACAGAGACCGAGGAGGAGGAGAGAAUGAAUUCCAACUUUCCAGCUUUUCAGGUUGUUGGAAGCAUUUCUGAUCAAUCUGACGAGAACGGACCAUAUGUGCUUGAGGAGUAUUUACACCUGGACAGAGACGAGCUACUUCCAAAACUGAUGAACUGUGAUGUUGUCAUCUACAACAUUAGCCAGCAUGCUGAUCAGGUGGAGGAAGCGUUCUGGGCUGUUUCAGCUCUUCACAGUAAAAUGGAUACUUUCCGGGGACCGAAGCUGUUCAUCCUCAUCUCCACAGUGAUGACCUGGGCAUGCAGCAAGCCAGUAGAUCCUGAUGAUCUGGAGCUUCCUUUCACUGAUGAAAUUUUCUGGAGAAGAAGAGCGCAUCCCAGCUUCAAACAACACAUUGACCUGGAGAAGAGGGUGGUCAAAAUGGGCAAAACUAACAGAACAUUAUUCUCGACAUAUGUGGUGGCGUCAGGACUUCAGUACGGGAUGGGAGAGCAGGUCUUCCACUUCUUUUUCAAGACAUCGUGGCUGGGACAAGAGCGUGAAAUACCUGUCUUUGGAGAUGGCAAAAAUAUUGUUCCGACGAUUCACAUCAGUGACCUGGCAAGUGUGAUUCAGAGCGUGAUUGAACAUCGGCCCAAGCCAUAUUACCUGCUAGCUGUGGACUAUUCCAGCAAUACCAUGGAGGACAUUGUGAAGACAAUUGCCUCUGCACUUGGACCAGGGAAGAUCAAGAAAAAGCUAUUUGAAGAGGCCUUCCUCACACGGGACUUAAGUAUCAUGGAAAUUGAAUCCAUGAUGGUCAACCUUCGCAUGGAGGGUGUCUACCUCAAGGAGCUGUUGUCUAUCAACUGGUUGUGUGAGUCUGGUUUGGUGGAUAACAUAGAGCUGGUGGUGGAGGAGUACCGGCAGACCAGAGGACUGCUGCCCAUCCGUCUGUGUGUCCUGGGUCCUCCUGCAGUGGGGAAAAGCACAGUGACAAAACAGAUCUGUGAACACUACAAACUCCAUCACAUUACACUGAAGGAGACCAUCUCUGAAACUAUCACACAGCUAGAAGAUACUGUGAUGAAUGCUGAUCCAGAGGCAGAUAAUGAGGACUCAGCAGCAGAGGCCCAGGAGCAGCUCAACAGCCUGAAGGACAGCAUGGAGCAGAAUGGAGGUCUUUUGGAUGACCAGCUGUUGGUGAAGGUGAUAAAGGAUAAGCUGAUGUCUAACCCAUGCAGAAACCAGGGUUUUGUUUUAGAUGGCUUUCCCAAGACAUAUGAUCAAGCUAAAGAGCUCUUCAGUGGUGAAGAACAUGAAUCAGAGGAUGGACCCUCCCAGAUUUCUUCAUAUAGCAAGAAGAUUACACCAGAGUUUGUGAUGUGCCUGGAUGCGUCAGAUGCCUUCCUAAAGGAUCGGGUGAUGAACCUGCCAGAGAGGCUGGUGCAGGAGCACAGCUAUGAGCAGGAGCACUUCCUGCAACGCCUGGCUAGAUACAGAGAAAAAAACACAGAAGAUGAAACUGUUAUCAACUACUUUGAUGAGCUGGACAUCACCCCUCUGUAUCUUGAGAUCACCAGCAGUGAUGAACCGGACUGCCUUCUGCUGAUGCAAAAGAUCUGCGACACAGUGGGCAAGCCCAGGAACUAUGGCCCCAGCAGCCAGGAGGUGGAGGAGGAGGCCAGAAGGAAGACUGAGGAGAAAAUGAGGAAAGAGGCCCAGGAAAGGGCACAAGAGGAGCAGAAGGAGGAGGAGGAGGCCAGACAAAGAGCUGCACGCUGGGAGGAGUGGACUAAAGGUUUGGAGGAGGUGAGGCGGCAGGAGGAGGAGCUGCUGGAGGCCCAGUCAGUCCCCAUGAGAAACUAUCUGAUGGAGCAAGUCAUGCCCACGGUAACCCAAGGUCUAAUUGAAUGCUGCAUGGCACACCCACAGGACCCCGUGGAUUUUCUGGCAGAGUACUUGUUCAAGAACAACCCCUUUGACUACUAAAGGUAGAGGUCAUCUCCUGUGGUUGCACACACAUACGAAUACAGAACGAAUAAUUGAAAUAAAAUCUUUUUUUAAC